AUGCCAUCUUAUGCUAUUACUGGGGCCUCAAGAGGUAUUGGCUGGGAGUUCCUUCGCCAACUGUCCAGCGAUUCGAACAACAUCGUGAUCGGGCUUGUUCGUAACAAGCCUCCAACUGAGGAAAAGAUGAAGCAAGAAUUGCCGGAACGUACCAACAUCCACAUCGUGCAGGCAGACAUCACCGAUUAUGCUGCUUUGAAGGCUGCAGUAGCCGAGACUGCAACAAUCAGCGGUGGGAGGCUCGAUUAUCUGAUCGCCAACGCUGCGCUAGUGUCCCACUUCGAUGCUUACGAUCCAAUUGGGGUUUUGGGACAACAGCCCGAAGCCCUUGAAGAAGACCUGACCAAGUGUUUCAAAGUCAACGUCGUCAGCAAUAUCCAUCUGUUCAACUUAUUCAUGCCCUUGAUUCUGAAAGGAGAAGCCAAGAAAGUUAUCGCCAUCUCCAGUGGCCAGGCUGCCCUCGAUGCUAUUCCUAAGUUGGGAAUCGAGGUCGCCUCUGUCUACGCUAUCAGUAAGGCAGGUCUGAAUACUGCCGUGGCCAAGUUUAGCGCGCAGUAUGCCAGAGAUGGUGUCCUUUUCAUGAGCAUUUGUCCCGGGAUGGUUGAUACAGGUCACUUAGCUGACGCAACCCCGGAGCAGCUGAAGGGGUUGGAAGGAAUGCUGGGUGCAUUCGCCCAGUAUGCACCCAGCUUCAAGGGCCCUAGUCCACCGGAGGCUGCAGUGAAGGAUGUUAUCUCGGUUAUGAGCAAGGCUAGUGUCGAGAAUGGCGACGGCGGCUCUUUCGUGUCACACUACGGCAACCAACAGUGGCUGUGA